UGAAAGGAAUCGCACACGGGGAGACUUCAGAGCUGUAAAUGCAUUUAUAUAAAUGAAGCGAGAUUUUGCAAUCAUUCCAACUUGAAUUCUAGCCGCGUUUCUGUUACGGGCACGGUCCUCGGUGAUUUGCGCGCGACAAGUGACAGUUCGAUAACCAUAGAGCGUAAACAAAUCGUAAAUAAUAAAAAACAAAAUGGCUGUUACAAGUGCACGGAACAAUGUGAAUUUAAAAGAAAAGGGCCACUUCGAGCAAGAAAAUGAAAGAGUUAUCGAAAAAUACACGUUGGCGGAUAAGCUCCCUGCUCAACUUGAAGAGCUGAACCUCAGACCACGGACGAAGUCGAAGCAUUCCUACACAAUUCGACGGCUUUCCAUAAAGGACAAGGAACCUGUCAUCGAAUUUCUGCGAAGAUUCUUCUUCCGUGACGAGCCGUUGAACUUCACUAUAAAUCUUCUGGAUUCCCCGGAAGGCAGGUGCUAUGAGCUCGAAGAGUACGCAGCCAGCACUCUUGAGGAUGGAGUCUCAACGGCUGUUGUUGAUGAAAACGGAGAAUUUGUUGGUGUGGUCAUCAACGGAGUUGUCAGCCGAGAAGAGGUAGACUACACUGAUAAAUCGGAAGAAUGCCCCCAUCCCAAGUUCAAACGGAUUCUUAAACUGCUGAGCCAUUUGGACCGUGAAGCCAGGAUCUGGGACAAGCUGCCUGCAAGCUGCAAGAAGGUUAUGGAGGUCAGAAUUGCGUCCACUCACACCAGCUGGAGAGGCCGAGGACUCAUGAGAGUGCUGUGCGAGGAAUCCGAGCGUAUAGCUCGCGAAGUUGGCGCUGGUGCAAUGCGUAUGGACACCACUUCUGCCUUCUCGGCAGCUGCUGCAGAGCGUCUCAACUACAAGAAGGUCUACGGCCUCUUCUACUCCGAGAUUCCUUACGCACCUCACCCUGACCCACCGCAUCUAGAAGCUAGAGUUUAUCUCAAAGAAUUGUAAAUAAGGAACCGAUGUUGCCCUCGAUAAAUAAGCUUUAUAUGUUAUUUUCAAUGAUCGGAUUCUGUAGCUUUAAGUCUCUUUUUAAAUAUAUUUUACGAUUUCGUUUUAACAAUUCAAGUUUACACUUUGAAUAGGUCAAUUAAUUAUUGUGAUUUGUGAUCAAUUUUAGGGUAAAACAUGUUAACGUUGGUCGUUACACGGAAUGCUUUAAAUUUGGUAAAACAUUAUGGCAAUAUGAUAAUUAUUAACAUACAUUAACAAAUUUUAUUUUAUUAUUUAAAAAGUCAUAGGAUAUAUACGCAUAUUUAAAUUAAAUCAAAAAAUUUCAAAUGUUUUUCUUAAAAUGUUGUUUUUAAUCAAAUUAACAAUACUUGUGAUAUAUUUUGCUAAUAAGAUUAAUGUUUUUAAUAGCUUUAAUUUUACAAAUUUGUUGGUUACAACAGUAAUUGUUAGUAAGGCCGCAUAAUUUUCCUUGCUAAAAUGUGACGUUAUACAACUUUAUAGAAGCUGUGAAAAAAACAAAGAAAUAACUAUAUCAUAUAAAGGAUGAGGUUCAGAAGCGAGUUUAGGUUACGUCGAGUUCGAAGAAAUUGAUUACUUUUUGUGCCACUAGAUGGCGCUCUGAUAAGUUUAAACAAAACACUAUGUUAAUAUCGUAAGUAUUAGGUUAGAUGUUCCUUUAGACAAUUUUACCUAUUGAAUAUAUUUUAUACGUGUAAGAGUAAGCUUACAGAAGGAUUUUUCUAUUAACAUGCUUCAAAUGUUAUAUUAUUAUCUCGCAAAUAAAUGUGCUAGAAAAAAUCCCAAAUAUGAUACAAAAUAGAAGAAUUCUUCUGUAUUUUGUAGUUUUAAGUAUCUAAUUAUUAUAAUAAUACCUAUGUUAAUAUAAAUCGAUACCUAUAGUCAAAAGUAAUGUGAUCCACUUUAUUUUACAUUGUUAAGUACUAUCAAUUAUUAAUCUUGUAUCUGAUUAUUUCAAUAAAUCGUCGACUUUUAA